AUGGGUAGAUGUGCUGCUGACCAGUCUUUCAAGGCAGAGCAACACGACACCAUUCACUCAUUGGACAAAGAUAACAUAUUCUCGGUUGGAGAAUUGCCGGUGUCUUCCAAGCAAGGUAUUUUUCAACAGUAUACGCGCACGCAUAUGUGCACGUGGUACAGCGCUUACCGAAUUACUGUAAAUUGGCAUAAUGUCACAGUUAUACAUGAAAAACGAUCCUAUAUAUGUGGGGGCUGUGGCAAAUCGUUCACUCAAAAAAGCAUUUUACACGCACAUCUCAGAACUGUUCAUUUCGAUCAACGUGCCCAUGUCUGUGGGUAUUGUAAGAGAGCUUUCUCCCAUAAUAAUGACCUUCAGACCCACCUAGCCUCUAUCCACUUGAAACAACGACUUCGUGUAUGUGAACAUUGUGGCAGAUCGUUUGCUUCCAAUUGGAUUAUGCGAAAUCACGUCAAAUCUGUUCAUUUGAGGCAGGGACCCUACAGAUGCGACCAUUGUGGUAGAUGCUUCCCUCAGAAGAGCAAUCUGAAGCGACACGUUGAUACAGUACAUCUAAACGUACGUCCCCAUGCAUGUGGCUGUUGUGGUAAAUCAUUUCCUUUAAAGAACGCGUUGCAAAGGCACAUCAGUUCUGUUCAUUUAGCACAACGCCCCUAUACAUGCGAGCAGUGUGGCAAGUCGUUUUCUGAAAAUGCCAAACUGCAAAAACAUCUCAGAUCUUUACAUUCGAAAGUUGGCCGCUCAGCUUCGAAUGAUAACACAGUUGCACAAGUGGAAUCGAAGCAGAAGGGAAACGUGCAAGUCUCCUCGUGAUGUGGCGAUGGCCUGCAAUACAUGAGGUGUUCUUGGAAUGCUGUUCGUCAGUACCGUGAGCUCCGAAUGUGAAUGAAUACAUGCGGAAACGCAACGUUUACGUGCACUUGGCUCUUUACGAACACAUUGGCAGACGGAGAAUGAUGGACCCCAUGAAUACGCCUACAGUCCUCC